UCAUAGUCAUCGGUAAACUCGAAACUCCAAAAACGUACUUUAGUUACAACUAAUGUACACUUGUUUUUAAGGAACAACUAUUUGUUCUCCUCUGUUCAUCUUCUGAAAAAAAAAAAGAAGGAAAAAAAACAAAACGUAAAGGUUGUUUCAUCAAUGGCUCAUUUUUGGAACCAAACUAAUGCUUUGUUCCGCAAGAAUCUCGUAUAUCAUAAACGGCAUGCUAGAUCACACUUGAAGGUGAUUUUUUUUCCAGCAGUUCUGUUUAUACUGCUAGGAGUUUUGCAAAGUUAUGUCAACAAGGUUAAAAGAGAAACAGAACAACCCCCUCAAUUUAAAGCUGAAUACCCUCCUUUAUUGCAAAUGCCUACUCCUCAAUUUCGUGCCGUGAUGACUGAUUCAAUGCCGUUUCCUGGACUGCCUGAUGCAUCUUGUAGAGAAAAUGGUUCAUGUCCUGCUACCGUACUUAUCACAGGGAACAACAGAACCAUUGGAGAAAGUGUGGCUGGGAAGAUGUUCAUAGAUUCUCCAGAACCGAAUUCAAGAAGUGAUUACAAAACUAUUGCCGAUGGCAUUUUCGGGACAGAUGCGUCAUACAACGACUUACUCUUUCAUACAUCAUACUACGGUUUACUCUUUCAUGUUCGACCUCAUUGUUCUGCAGAAAAUUCAUCACGCUUCAAAAACUCUACAUCAGAAACUGACGUCAUAUGUGCGGAAGGUUUAUAUUUGUGGCGCAACAGCUCUGCUCAGAUUAAUGAUGAGCUAUUCAAAGGAUUCAGAGAAGGAAAUACAGAGGGGAAAGUAAACGAAGUUUUGGCAGCUUAUGAUUUCUUGGAUACAAAUGGAGAGAAUUUCAAUGUCAGCAUUCAAUUUAAUUCUACUCAUGUGGACGAUUAUCGAAGUGAUGGCCCUCAAUUAUUGAGGAUACCGCGUGCAGAGAACAUGGUAACGAAUGCCUAUCUCCAAUUUUUACGUGGUUCCUCUACAAAGAUGGUUCUAGAUUUUGUUGCUGAGAUGCCUAUUCCUGGCGGAUACAUAAGGCCACGCGACAUAUCUACCUUUCUCAAUAUUCUCUUCUUUACAUGGGUCAUUCUACAAGUAUUUCCGGUUAUAUUAUCAUCUCUGGUUUAUGAGAAGCAACGGAAGUUAAGGAUCAUGAUGAAGAUGCAUGGCCUUGGGGAUGUUCCUUAUUGGAUGAUUACUUACUUGUAUUUUCUUGUCAUUUCCUUAAUCUACAUGUGCUGUUACUUUGGAUUUGGUGUACUGACAGGUAACGCAUUGUCCAGGCCAGCUGCUUCUUUCACAUUUAUACGAGCUGGUUCAAUAAUUUUUUUUUGUUUUACAGGGUUAACAAUCUUCAAGCUGAAUUCAUAUGGUGUCCAGUGCAUCUUUUACUUUGUUUUCACAAACUUGCAAAUAUCUAUGGCUUUUCUAUUAGCUGCAGUGUUCUCAAAUCUGAAAACUGCCUCAGUUGUUGCCUAUACAAUUGUCUUUGGGACGGGGAUCCUGGCUUUUCUCCUUUUCCAGCCCCUAGUUGAUGAUGCAUCAUUUCCUCGUGGUUGGCUAAUAUUCAUGGAAUUAUACCCUGGCUUUUCUCUGUAUCGAGGGUUAUAUGAGCUAUCCCAAUAUGCCGCGGGCGGAUACAUUGUAGGGACUUAUGGGAUGUGCUGGGAUUAUCUUAGUAACAGCAAUAAUGGCAUGAGAGAGGUUCUGAUUAUCAUGUCAAUUGAAUGGGUGGUAUUUCUGAUUGUUUCCUAUUACUUGGAUCAAGUUAUAUCAUCUGGAAGUGGAAACCGUCGGAGUCUUUUGUUCUUCUUGCCAAAUUCUCAAAGGAAGCAUUUAACGUCAUUGGAGAAAACUUCUUUUCUCAGCGCAGAAUCAAGUGUUCAAAUUGAAAAUAAUCACGUUUCCGAAGAGAGAAAGAUGGUUGAACAAUUGCUAGAAGCGCCACAUUCAGAUUAUUCUUCCAUUUGCUACAACCUCAAAAAGAUGUAUCCUGGAAAGGAUGGCAACCCCGAUAAAUUUGCAGUUAAAGGAGUAACUCUCGCCUUUCCGCGCGGGGAAUGCUUUGGCAUGCUUGGUCCAAAUGGUGCAGGCAAAACUACUUUUAUUAGCAUGAUGACUGGGCUCUUGGAGCCAAGCUCUGGGACUGCAUAUGUUGAGGGUCUAAAUUUGCGGACUCAAAUGAACGAAAUAUAUGGUAGCAUGGGUGUGUGUCCACAACACGACUUGCUCUGGGAUACCUUAACAGGAAGGGAACACUUACUCUUUUAUGGAAGACUUAAAAAUCUCAGCGGUGCUGCUUUAAGCGAAGCAGUCGAGAAAUCUCUUAAAAGUUUUAAUCUUUCCCAAGGAGGAGUUGCUGACAAAUUAGCAAAAAAAUAUAGUGGGGGUAUGAGGAGAAGACUCAGUGUAGCCAUUUCAUUAAUUGGGGACCCCAAAGUUGUCUAUAUGGAUGAGCCAAGCACUGGACUUGAUCCUGCAUCACGAAAAAUGUUGUGGGAUGUCGUUAAGCAUGCAAAGCAAGAUAGAGCAAUCAUUCUCACCACACACUCGAUGGAUGAGGCAGAAUAUCUUUGUGAUAGGAUAGGUAUCUUCGUGGACGGGAACUUCCAGUGCUUGGGAACCGCAGAUGAGUUAAAAGCUAGGUAUGGGGGAUCCUACAUGUUCACUAUGACUACAUCACCAGAAAAUGGGAGUGAAGUGGAAAACUUAGUGAAACGUCUAUCUCCAAACGCACAGAAGACCUAUCAUUUGUAUGGAACUCAGAAAUUUGAGCUUCCAAAAGGUGAAGUGAAACUUUCAGAUGUGUUCCUAACGGUUAGACAAGCGAAGGCGAGAUUUCCAGUUCAAUCUUGGGGCUUGGCUGACACAACGCUGGAGGACGUCUUCAUCAAGGUGGCAACUGAGGGAGAGUGAUCACUUCUUUACUGCUAAUCUUAUAGUCAUGUCGAAUCCCUUAUUCUCUUGCUUGUAAAAUAUAUGUGAAUUAAAGUUGUUCGGUUUGUAGACAAGAAUGAUUGUUGGUUUAUGUUAGUGAAUUGCUUGGUCAAUUGACCAAACACUGUUCAAA